GACCCGGACUGUCACUCAGGACACCCGCCAUGUCCGGCCGUGCGCAAGGACCCGCAGGCGUCCUGCUCGCCACCCUGCUGGCGUCGGCGCUGUUGUCGCUCCUGGUGUCCCCGGCACGGGGUCGCGGCGGCCGGGAUCACGGGAACUGGGACCCCGCUGCACAGCUGCUUCCGCCGCCGCCCGAGGAGAGCCCGGCGCGAGUGGCCCGCUUCGUGGUGCACCUCUGCGACUGGGGCUCGCUGGGCACGCUCUCCACGCUGGAGGAGGUGCGCGGCCGGCCCUUCGCGGACGUGCUGUCGCUGAGUGACGGGCCCCCGGCCGCGGGCCGAGGGGUGCCCUACUUCUACCUGAGCCCGAUGAUGCUCACCGCGCAAAAUCUGCAGGAGAAUCCAAAUGCUACACUGAUGCUGUCUUUGGCACAGACCAGCUUCUGCAGGAAAAAUGGAUAUGAUCCCCAGAGUCCCCUUUGUGUUCACAUAAUGCUGUCAGGAACUGUGACCAAGGUGAGUGAAGCAGAAAUGGACUUUGCAAAGAAAUCAUUAUUCAUUCGACAUCCUAGUAUGAAAACCUGGCCUGCCAGCCAUAAUUGGUACUUCGCUAAGUUAAAUAUAACCAAUAUCUGGGUCCAGAACUACUUUGGUGGGCCAAAAAUAGUGACACCUGAAGAAUACUUCAAUGUCACAAUUCAAUGAAGCAGAAUACGGAGAGUUGAACCACAUGUGAAGCUCCUUACUAUGGCUCAUGCACACUUCCAGGACUCGACAUUUCUCUGGAAGUUUCCUAUAUUCGCCACUUUUCCAUGACAUGCUGAUUGGUUUGCUUUCCUUGAAGUUCUUGGAAUAUAUAGCUGCUGGAUUUUUAAGACAAUAUUUUAAAGCCAUUUUCAUCAAGAAAUAUCAUUAUAAGAAAACAAGUUUUAUUUCCUUAAAUCCCCGUAUUUUUCCAGUGGUUCCCCUUGGAAUGUACAUAGCGGAUUUAGAUGGCCCUUGGCAGCAGAAGGUAAUUUGAGUAGAAGUUUUUUGUUUUUUUUUUUUUAAAUUACUGGCAAGCCACUGUGCUGGGAGGGUACCCUCCUAAACCCUGCCACCUCCCAGGCUCCUGGAGCCUGGUGCAGAGGGGCUGACUCCAUUACAGCAUCUAUGUAAAUCCCAAAGAAAUAGCAGUGGUGACCAUAGAUGGAACUUUCUACGCAUGCUCAUUGAUGUUUAACAAUCUUGGAAAUUAUUGAUCCAAUCAAUGUAGGGCAAAGCCACUUCUUGUAGAGAACUUUCUAAACUUUUUAUAUUCCAAGCUCAUACUUACUUAGAACAAAACAAUUCUAUCAAACUUUUCCUGAGUUUGAUUUCUCCACCCUGGGGGAUACUACAUUGGAGUCCUCUGUACAUACAAUUCUUUGUAUUUGCUUCAGAAUGGGAUUGCAAAAGAAAGGGGAAAAGGGAAGUUUUGUAUAUGUCUGGUAUUCUUUUAUAAGAAGAGUUAAUCCAAGUGUGAGCUAGCUUCAGCUAGAGCCUAGAUGCUCCUUACCCAAUGACUUGCCAUGGCUUUUAAAACUCUUAACAGUGAUCCUCAACUGCUCUAAAUUUCUAAAUAGCUCCUAAUGUUGCUGCCUAAAUGAGGCAUCUGAGGGAAGAUAACAUGGCAUUAAAAUGAUUUCUUCAUAGCUUUAUUACCUGUAUACUUGAUUCAGAAGAUGACAGGGGACCGGAAUCACACUAUUGAAUUCUUAAGUGGCAACAAGAAAAGAAGUUCAAUAUGAGCUAUCAUUUUUAAAAUCUAGAAAUGAACAGAAAUCCACACCCUUCUGCUAAGACAAAUGAUUUAUAUUCAACUUAAAGAAGUAGAUUUAUGAAAAGCAUUAAUAAUUAAAAGCAUUAUUUUAAC